AUGGUGGAGAGUUCAGAGCUUGAUAAAAAUGAUGCGAUAAAAAAUUUCACCAAUCCAGUUUCAACAACUAACGUUCAUGAAGAAUAUAUAAUAGAUCUGAAGUCUCGUGUCACUUUUCUUGAAAACCACUUUAUAUUACUUGUACAACAUAUAAAAACUUUAUAUUCAAGCAUUAAAUAUCUAGGCUUUGAUAAUUUGACUGAGACAGAGUGUCCGAAACAUGAUAUAAAUGGCAAUAUAGAAGAAUUUUCGGGUGUUAAUUUUGCAACUUGCAAAAUGAUGGCCGCAGCGAGUUCGAAAAAUGACACUGCAGAAAAGUUUCAAGGUGUUGAUUUUGAUACAAAAUCUACUUAUAAAAUGACGACUGCCGAGAUAGCGAAUUCAGAACAUAAUCGAAAUAAUACUGUUGAAAAAUUCCAAAGUGUCGAUUUUUGUGCACAGAUUACUUGCAAAAUGAUAACUGCCGAAUUAGCGAGCUCAGAACGUUGUGAAAAUAAUAUGGGAGAACUUUCCAAGACUGAUAUUAGUGCACAGUUUACUCGUAAAUUGCUGAAAGAAGCCACUGAUAUAAAUUUGAAGAUAAGAAUAAAUGCCCUUAAUAAAAUUCUUAAAAUUGUAGAUGCUAACAAGAAAAUAGGACCGAAUUUGGGUGGUCUUCCCCGAAUUCUUAAAUUACGUCUUUCUGACAAUAACAUAGAUCUUCAGAUUAUAUCUUUGGACAUUUGUAGUAAAAUCGCAACAGCUAUGGGUAGUCCUUUCAAAAAAUAUGCAACAACAUUUAUUAAUUCAGUUACUGAAGUUUUGAAAACUCAAAAAAAUGCAAUUGUCCGUGAACAUGCUAUUGGUUGUUUAAAAUGUUUUGCUUCUGCUAUUGGAAUUUCUUCAGUUGAGAAAUUGUUAGCUACUAGAUAUGCUCUAUUGCAGAAAGACUUACAAGUUUUGCUCUCUAAUACUCAUAAAGAUGUGGAUGACAAAAAUAAUUUGUCCAAGUUGCAAGAAUAUAAGGAAGAUGUAGGAUCUAACAUUAAAAGUGCUGACCACGAUUUUAAGUUAAAGAAGCAUGGAGAUCAUAAAGGUGCUGUAAAACAAAGAAAUGAUGCAAUUUGUCUGGUCUAUGAUACCGAGUCUCCGUCUAAAAAAAGUGAUAUUAAAGAGUUUGGUCAAAAAUCAAUUUCAAAAGGUAAUAAAAAUCAUAAACUGACAAUGUUACCUAAGCCAACUGGAUCUCUUGCAAUUCAUCCUAACAAGAAGGAAAAUACGAAUAUGGAAUAUUCCAUGCCUAACAAUAAUAAGAAUCUAACAAUAGCAAAUUCUUCUGGAAUACCACCAGCUAAGCAAAGUACUUCUGAAUGUGACUCAUUAUCUUUGGUGAAGGUAGACAUAUCUAAAAUUAUGAAUUCUGACUAUCUACAAUGCAUUAAAUUAUUGAAACAGUUGAAUAAACAGUUGAAAAUUUCUUCUGGAUUCGCUAAUUCAUACGUAUUUGAACUUGUUAAUGUCCUAACUGAUAAAAUAAGGACGUCAUACACACAACUUGAUUUACAAUCACAACCAAAUAUACAACUAUAUAAGAGUUUAAUAAACACGCUAGAUCUAUUGUUUUCGAAUAAAAAACUAGCAUUAGUUGUCUCUCAAGACUUACUUGAAGGAUUACUAAUAGAAUUAACAUAUCAGUUGUCGAAUUCAAAUCUUCAGAAUCAAGAAACAGGUCAACAUUUAUCAAAAGCGCUUAGAAUUUCCAUAAAUAAAGUGCUUUUAAAUAGCAAUCGGAAUUUAAUUUACGGUGCUUUACUAUCCAUUCUUAAAACGUCAUUUACAAAAUUGCAGGAAGUAGAUGAUCUUACUGUCAUUAUAAAAUUCACCGAAUUUAUAAUGAAGUACUUACAGCACUUGUCAAAAUAUGUAAAAAAUAAUAUAAAAUCUCAUAUUCUUCGACCCAAUGAAUUGUUAAGAGAUCUCAAUGAAUUUUUACUUUCUGCACCACCUGAAUGGGAGAAUCAAGUCAAAGAAAAAAUGCCAUUGGGUGAAGAGCCUUUUAAUAUCAUACAGAUUAUAUUAAAAAAACUAGUUGAAGAACUUGGCGAGAAUAUAUAUAACCACCUAGAUCUCAUUUCUGACUUUCAAAGAAGUCAUAGUUUGUCAAUAGAAUAUUUUGGUUCGCAGGGAGAGCUUCUAUAUCUUCCAACCAGAUUUAACUCAGUGCCGCAAGCAUUAAAUACAAAACUCGUAAUUUACUUCAAUAGGCCAAGACAAGAGAAAAAUCCUUCUUCACUAACUAGCUCAGUUUACAGUGAAAAACUAAAUCAACUAUCAGAUUUUACGAAUGUUGUGAAACUAGUGGGUAAAAACUCCUUGAUUAAUUAUCGUCAAAAAAAUUAUCCAUUAGCAAAUAAGUUUGACUAUAUCUUUGUAGAUAAUGACUAUACAAACUUUUGCCAAAAGGUAGUAACCCACUUCAAAUUCAGUAAACCAUUAGUAGUGUGCACUCUUGAAACAGUCAUCUGGAAAUUGAAUAAAACUUUGCUCAAUGACCCUGAAGUUGAAGAAAGUAUAAAUAAUAAAAUAUCUAGUGUAAACUCGGUUUUAGAGUGGGAUUACCUAAAGAAGAAUCUUCAAUCAGUAUUUUGCGCUUUCAAGCAUAAAACUUUUAAACAAAACAAUAAGUCGACAGAUUUUAACCUAACAUGGUCAGAUGUUAGUAAUGACCUUUCUCACUUAGAAGACCGUGAAAUUCAAGAUGAUCUAAUUAAAGCAGGGUGGGGUGAAAAAAAGGAAAAAUCAACAUCAAAUAUCCGAAAUCCGUCGGAUCCCACAUCAAAAGACCCUAUAAAAAUUUUAUCAUACAUAAAAACAUAUUAUCAAGAACUUUUUAAGAAAGAUACCAUUAAUUUAAAUAUUGCAUGCAAAAUAACUAAUAAUUUACCAAGCAUAACUGAAGAGCAAAAUAACUCAUUGGACAAAUCUCCUCCUGAAUCGAAUGACAUUGAACCUCCAAUAGUUCAGGAUAUGCUAGACGCUAGAUUGGGAUUUAUUUGGUUAAAGUUAUUAUCUGGCAAUAGUUUGUGGGCAAAAAUGGAAAGGGAGUUUAUUAAAGAAGAACUAAAAAAACAUGAAGUUUCUAUAGAAAUCGCUUUGCAAAAUCCAAUUGAUCUUAGUAUAUGGCCUUUAGAGUGGAGGCCAUAUGUUGCAGCCUGGAAAAGACUAAACGGAAAAAUUUCACUUUCCACAAAUUUCUGUCCUUGCAAUAAAAAUUCAAUUGAGAUAGCGAAUCUGAAAGGUGAUGAAUAUUCAGUGAUGGGAGCAAUAGAAUAUUUAAGAAAACACAGUAACAUCCAUGAUCUCUCAACUAGGGAUGCAUAA